GUUAAUUUGUGCCGCUCUCAGUGCGCAAACGCAGUUGCGCUCACGGGUUCAGAAACAACAACAACAACAAUAGCAGCAGCACACAAACUGCUGGUGGCUGGCUGGCGGGUGGUGGGCCUGCUAUUUUUAGUUGAAAAAUCCAAAAGCAAACGAACGCACACACACGUGAGCAGCAGCGCAGCAACUACGACGAGUACGUUGUAAUAGAUUUAACAAAAUAAAUUGUACGACAGAGCAGCAACAGUAAAAGUAAAUUGCAAACUAAAACAAAGUGCAUAACAACAAAUGCAAUAAAACAAAGUACUAUUUAGUUAAAAGCUAAAGCAAGCGGCGGCAUAAAGCGAAGGCAAGAAAAACGUCAAGUAGGAACAAAAACAUUGCUGCGCAAAAUCGUAGCCAACGCAUGAAAGAGAACGAAAACAGAAACAGGGCGGACAGAAGACACAGGUGCAUUUGCUGACAGGCUAGAAAAUUUAUAUUGAAAGAUGCGUGUGCGUGACAAGCGUAAGCAGCAGCGCGAGCUUAAGACUAAGCAUGCAGAUAAAACAAAAAGCAGCACCUCAGACGCCGACGCAAAGCAAACGCCCCCUUCCAAAGCUAAAACGACAAGUCUGCCCGCUGCCGAGAAGGUGGCGUUCGAUAAUCGCAUCAAGCGCAAAAAUGUGCUCGCUCUCAAUGAGAAGGUGGCGGCGCUCAGAGAGUACGAUCGCCAGCCUGUCUAUAAGCAUGUGGGACGCAUUUUCAACUGCAGUCCCGAUCAGAUCAAGCGCAUUGUGCAGCAAAAGGAGGAAAUUCUACGCGCCUGGGAGCAACGCACGCGACGCUGUGCGGAUGCCAGAACGCAGGAGAUGAAAGUGGUGCGUGUAUCGAUGCUGGGCCAGGCUGUCUACGAUUGGAUACGCCGCAUGAUGUACUACAAGGACUUUAUCAUAUCCGAUGGUCUUAUACAGAAGAUGGCACUGCAAUUCAAGAGCUCGAUGGGCUUGAACAAGUUCUUUCCGCAUCAGGAAUGGUGCGACAAGUUUCGCCUCAUCUAUAACAUCAAAUGCAAUGAUACAAAGUUCUUGAAGAUUGGCUAUACACAAAGCUAUUCGGUGCAAAUCAAUGAUAUAGUUAAGGAUGUGCUGCAUGAAGAGGGCGCGAGCGCUGUGCAACAGGCGCAGCAGGAGGAGCAUGAGGAGCAGUUUAGCUUGGCCAGCAUUGAGGCGGAUGAGGAUGAGCCCGAUGUGGAUAUUGAUGGCGGCGGUGAAAGCAGCGAUGAGGAGGAUAUUAAGCCUAAUAUUAAAGAACUGAACUUGCAACGUGUGCUGCCACAGCUGGUGCGCUUGCCACAAGUGCCCACAGGCACUUCACAAAAGGUGCUGCUAGCCACUCCCAUACUGCCGCCUGGUGCGGCACAAACCAUGACAAUCAUACCGCUGGCUACAUUAGCUCAAAGCAUCAAGCCAACAUCGGCGCUGCAAAAGUCCAGCAUGCCGCCCCCCAAAGUGGACAUAAAAACUGAAAUUAAAACAGAGCCAGAAGCAGAAACAGUACCAGAGCCCGAGCCCGAGCCAGAGCCAGAGCCUGAGCAGGAGCCCGAAGUUUGCAUUAAGCAGGAGCUGGAUAGCGAUACGGAGCUUAUGGAUGAGGAGGAUGACUGCAAUGGCGGACGCUCCAGUGUGCGUUCGCUUGCGGAAAUACUGGCCGUCGAGGAUGAGCAGCAGUAUAUACAACAAAUGCGUCAACGCAAACGUAGUCCAAGCCCAGAAUUGCCAACGCUGUCGCCGCUAAGCAAAGCGCCCUGCUCUUCCGUUGCCAUCAAGCGUGCCAGGCCCAUUAAUGAUGAUAACAAUAAUGGUGACACCAUAAGCUGUGCCGAGGCGCGCAAGUACCUGAAGCUGCUGGAGGAGUUCGCCUUGGCCAGGGAGAACUAUCGCCUCAUUGCAUUAAUAACGCGCGCUGACGAAGUCAUGCGAGAGCUGGCGGAUAAUUAGCUUAAGCUUACCAAACUCAAGUUGCAAUCAUUAGUUCAUAGCCUGUAUAUUAAUCUUAAUUUGUACUUUUACCAACCAAAAAUACAACCAAUUUGUAGCUUACACACACACAUAAACAAAUGC